AUGCCUGCAUACGCCGGGUUCCAACUUGCACUUGAACUUUCAAAUGUCCUCCCUAUAAAGGAUCUUGCUGCUUCCACAAUCACAACGCUACUCAACACGGCACGCGACCUUCGCAAUUCUGGUUCUGAUAUUGUUGUUGAGGCUGAUCUGGCAAGCAUUUUCGGCAGGGGUCAAGUUUCACUUGAACUGGAGAAAGCAUUCAAAGCCAAAGUCCACAUCACUAAGAUCACCCCACUACAUGAGGGCUCAGAAAUCGAGCUCCGCACUGGCCCUGGCCCAACUGUGACUCGAGCAUUUCAGAAUCCACCAUACUUUGCAACUAUAGUCACUCUCUCUGCACUAAGUUAUUUUACCAGGAGAGAAGAUCUUGCCAGAAUGAUCGCCAGUGGGAUGGCCAAGCGAUGCGAGGCCAACGUAUCAGGGGCCAGCAGCCCCCCUGGGUACGAAAGCAUUGAAAACACAUUGGCAGCCUGUAGUACGCAAUGUGGCGAAUUUCACUGGGCUCCAUACUGUGCACAAAUCGAGCGACGGCUUCGAAUUUCAAUGCAAGACUACAAUUGGAGUGCGGAUUACACUCGGCUGACGCCUGCGGUUCUUCUGGGAGCCAUGGACUUCUUCUAUAUCGUCAAAAGCCUGCCAGUGGACAGGAUAGUCACAAUCUCGUUCCAGACAGGAUUUAUCCCUCUCACAAUCUGGGCUCACUACAUCUUGGGCCUCAAUGUUGUGAUCACUAAUCUUUCUUGUCCAGAUGUUGUCUUUGGGAACGCAGAUGAGCCACACGUUGUCAUCUAUUGGCGCCAAAUUGAUCCUUCUGAUAGGGAAACCCCGUGCUGGAAUUUGGGUACGGAUGACGAGGGUCCGGAAAUCUGCCUUCACGACGCAGACAUGAAAAUUAUAUUAACGUGUAAACCGGAAGAUCACGACUCGGAUGGCAUCUACUCAAGGGAAAGGCACCCUUUGUCGGGAUAUGGCACGGAAAUCCUCCGACGCGGCUUGAAUCUUAAUACCAUCACUCGAGAUGAUGACGAUAUCUACGUGGAGGCGGCAAGCUUCAUAGCAGGAUUCGCAAUCGUCGCUUCGCAGAGAAUGGCCCGAGAACUGACGUGGCCUCCAUGCGAGCAGGGACAGGAGACGACCGAGGAUACUGGACAAAAAAUCCAAUUGGAGAUAUGGAGGAUCAUCGAUUCUGUUAAAUUGAUCUUUGAUGGUAUCACAAUCGAUUCAAAACUUUGUGAGAAAUAUGCGCAACUUUUGUCAGAGCAACCCCCGUCUGAAUCCACGCUACCUUCAACGUUCAAUUCCUUCUUUGCAAGAUUCGCGUGGCACGGCCGUCUCUACUCUCCGGCAGACCGGAUGAUGGCACUGAUUGAACUCCUCACGAAAUAUGUCCUGAUUUUCGCUCACGUCUUUGAGCUCGAUAAAUGUGGUGAUAUGCCAAUAGCCUUCAGCGAUGACAUCUCCGCCUUCUCGACUGUCCUACGCGAAAUCCGCGAGGGAACGGAUCGGCUAGGGCUAGUUGAACGCUUUGAGGUGUUCGGUGGUGUCGCUAGUGUACUCGAGUCUAGCGAGCUCCAAGAUGAGAGUCGCAAUCGAUAUGCUGGCCGCCUAUCCCUUCAGAGCGAUUUUGGGUGGUGUGUGCAUCUGGACACAUAUGGUGACCGUGAUCCAGCUGUCGUUCGGCCUGAGCUCGUACACAUUCGCAAGGGUACGCCCACAAAUUCAAGAACAGGGGAGCGGAAAUUGCGGAUAAGAGAUGGGAGUGGUUUUGUCGGAGGCGAGAAAUCCUGCGUUUGCCCCGUUGAGAGAGGCCUGACGUACACUCCGCGCACAUUUGCGAACUACACUUCUCGGAAAGAUUACCAUAAGUCUCUUGCGUACGAAUUCCAAAUAACCCUUGCUAUUGCAUUUCAGUCAGUCCCUGAGUGGCAGAAUUGUGGAGGUUCCAAAUCUUUCAAAGAACGUAUGCGCCACAGCGAGAUGCAUGAAAAUUUGUGGAACACGCAUCUGACUCCAAAAUGCAGCCACAGGCACCGGAACGAACGGAAACAGGCAAAUAUCAAACUCGGUCCAGACGCAGCGGCAGUUCUGGGGUUCUCCGAAAGGCACACCCACGACGAAAUCCUGCCGGAGAGAAUCAUUAUUUUAUUGACAAAAGGCGACGCUUACGUAAGAUGGCUUGCAAUCUGGCAUGCGUGCGCCGACGCCGGUGACACGGGACGGAAGAUAAUGCUGCGCGGGGACAAAUGUUGCGAGUCCUGCGCUCUUGACUACGUGGCUUCACAGCAGGGGAAAUGGUACCUUAUUUUGUAG